AUGGAGAAUGUAAACAAUGUGACUGAAUUUAUCUUCUGGGGGCUUUCUCAGAAUCCAGAAGUAGAGGAGAUAUGUUUCGUGGUAUUCACAUUUUUCUACACCAUUAUCCUUCUGGGUAACCUCCUCAUAAUAGCAACAGUCUGCAUUGGCAACCUUUUCAAUUCACCCAUGUACUUCUUCCUAAAUUACUUGUCUUUUGUAGACAUCUGCUAUUCCUCUGUCACUGCCCCUAAGAUGAUUGCUGAUUUAUUGUCACUGCGGAAAAGCAUUAGUUAUCCAGGUUGUAUGAUGCAACUGUUUGGUGUCCACUUCUUUGGCUGCACAGAGAUCUUCAUUCUCACAGUGAUGGCCUAUGACCGAUAUGUUGCCAUCUGUAGACCUCUCCAUUACAUGACCAUAAUGGACCGGAGCAGGUGCAAUAAGAUGCUACUGGGGACAUGGGUGGGUGGGUUUAUUCAUUCCAUCAUUCAAGUGGCUCUGGUUGUCCAAUUGCCAUUCUGUGGUCCAAAUGAAAUUGAUCACUAUUUUUGUGAUGUGCACCCUGUACUGAAACUUGCCUGUACUGACACCUAUGUUGUUGGGGUUGUUGUUACAGCCAACAGUGGAACCAUUGCACUAGGAAGCUUUGUUAUCCUGCUAAUCUCUUACACAGUCAUCUUGGUAUCCCUGAGGAAGCAAUCAGCUGAAGGUAGGCGCAAAGCCCUCUCCACCUGUGGUUCCCACAUAGCUGUGGUCAUUAUAUUCUUUGGACCAUGCACAUUUAUGUAUAUGCGGCCUGACACAACUUUUUCAGAAGAUAAGAUGGUUGCUGUGUUUUAUACCAUUGUCACCCCCAUGUUGAACCCCUUGAUCUACACAUUGAGAAAUGCAGAGGUGAAGAAUGCAAUGAAGAAGUUAUGGACCAGGAAAUUUUCUACAGAACUAAAUGGUAAAAUGGUAGUGACAUUCCCUUCAAUUUUUUCCAAAAAAUUUCAGAAGUCACUAAGCUGA